AUGUCUAAACACAAUCCAUCCUCUCCCUUGCCGAUUAUUUUAAGAGGACACGUUUCCGAAGUCACUACAGUCCAAUUUAAAAAACACAAUACAAGGGUUUCUUCACCAUCGUUAUUAUUAUUUAGUGGAGAUUUGAAAGGACACUUAAAUAUAUUUAGUUUGGAAACUCGGAGAGUGAAACAUUCUUUUCAAAAUCAUCACCAACAUUCAAUUCUGGGUUUCUAUCAACCAAAAGAUGAAAAUUUAUUAUUUUCGCAAGGAAGAGAAGGUUGUAUCAAAUCUCUGGAUUUCAAUCAUGUUUCUACAACGAAUAGUAAUAAGGACUCUCAAAAUUUUGGACAAAGUUGGAAUUUCAAUUCCAUAUUUUCAUUUUGCAAAUUUACUCCAUUUCUUUAUCAUGAUCAUGCAAUGUCGUUUUUUGUACCGAGUGAAAAGGACAAUGUCUUACUUUUAGACUGUCGAAUGAGUGCUGACGAGUGUAGUAAAUUUUCAAUAGCACCUCCUACACAAGUUUACGACAAGCCAUUUGGAAUGCUCACCAGUAUGAUGUCUAUAGAAAAUUCUUCCUACUUGUUAUGUGCAUAUGAAGCAGGUAUUAUUGUGGAAUUUGAUGUUCGAAAAUUGCGUAGUAAUUUUUCUAAUUUAUCAUCAACAGCAGAAACAAUGAAUAGCAGCAAUGAAUACAUUACAGUGAGAAGUAUUUAUGAUGUCAAUAAUCCUCACGAACCAACCAUAUGUAUGAAUUAUCAAUCACAACUCGAUGAAAUUUUAAUUGGUACUUCAGGAAAUUCGAUGCAUGUGCUCGCUCGGAAACCUCAAUCUGACACGGUACAAGUUCAUCCAUUGGAUGAUUCAAGCUGUAACAUUAAGCAUUCCUUUGAAAUGACUUCUGCUGGAAUUAAUGAUAUUUGUUGUAUGAAUGAGGAGUCCAGUAAUCAGUUGUUCGAAAGUAAGAAGAAUGAGAACGAUUCUAAAAACAAACACCACUCUUCACUCAUGUCUCGGUUGGCCUUUGCCGGUUGUUGGGAUGGAAACAUACGAGUAUUUGAUUUGAGAAAGAACAAGAAACUUGCCGUCUACAAGUAUCACCAAGAAGGUAUUCGUUCUCUCGACUAUGUUGAAUAUUCAAACGACUCAUCGUUGCUUGGCUUUACUCACGCAAACGAGAAGCAGCCGUCGGAUAAAAACAUUCUUCUUGCUGCUGGAUCUAAAGAUUCAAAAAUUUCAAUUUGGAAUGUUGAUUUUGCUGUGAAAAAGUGA